GAUGGUUAAAGGUCCCGUAUGCGUUGUUUCUAUUGCCGGACCUUACAGAAAGGGGAAGUCUUAUGCGCUAAGCGAAGCCUUUAACCAGCCUGAGGUUUUCCCGCUUGGACAUGAAAUGGUGGCCGAGACCAUGGGAAUCUGGAUAUGGAUUGUACCGGAAAAAUAUAGGGAUUCGAAAGGUCGGGAAUUUACAGUGGUGCUGCUGGACUCUGAAGGAAUUGAUGCUGCGAAUGGUGAAGGUCUUGAUGACAACCAGAUCUUCACUUUAACAGUUUUGCUGGCGUCAGUUUUGAUUUAUAAUUCACAAGGUGUUCCAACCAGACGGGAUCUAGAGGGAUUGGACUUUAUUGUGAAACUGACCCAUCGCAUUGAGAUGCGAUCAAAAACGACACAGGGGACCAGGAAAGGGCAUCGCGACUCAGAAUAUUUCCACAAAACCUUUCCUUACUUCAUAUGGUUGCUAAGGGACGUUACGCAAAGUAUUCCAAAAGACUGCAGCAGCAUUAAGGACUACUUCUUGAAAAAGGUCUUCAAAGUGCAAGAUUCAUCGGCUGUCGCUCAAGAGGGCCAGAAAGUAGCAGAAAGUAUCUUAAGCUUUUUCCCUGGUUUCGAGGCCUUCACUUUACCUUCACCAACAGUUGACCCGGAACUGAUGAAAAGUAUCAACCACAAUAAAAGGGAAAUCAAUCCUGAUUUUUUCAGUGGCUUAGAAAAUUUCAAACGUUUGCUUAGGAACGUUCUGGUGCCUAAAAACAGCUUCAAUGAUGGAGAAAUUGUUACUGGAGAAGGUCUUGCAGCAUUGGUUGAAUUGUACGUCCGCGCUAUCAACACUCCUGGUGUGAUUCCUAAUGUUCAGAAUGCCUGGGAUUCAUUUGUAGAGGCAAAAUGUUCUGCUACUUUAAAAGAUGCAUUGGAUGCUUACGAAGUUGCGAUGACGGCACAACUGAAAGAUGAACUACCAUGUAAUAACGAUCAGUUACGUAGAAGUCAUGAAAUGGCACUACAGAACAGCGAGAAUCAUUUUAUGGCUGACACUGCUGGGAUUUCCAUAAACACGAUCGAGAAGUACCUUAAAAAGCUGAAGGAGUUAUUGGGUGAGAGGUUUAACUUGUGGCAGAUCAAGAAUGCGACCUCAACGAGAGAGUUCUGCAAUGACCUUCUCAUUCAGCUUAAACAAACACAUCUGGACCCAGUCCUUCAACAACUUCGGGGUAAAGGAGGGGCCCAACUUUCUUUUGACGACAUCAUUGGCGGAUAUAAUCGGAUUAAAGACGAGUACGACAAGUCUGCAAUCGGUGCCAAAGACGUCAUUGCUGCAGUGUUUUUUGAGUUCCAUCCAGCACUGUUGAAAGAGCAAGAGCAAUACCUAGGGCUGCUGAGGCAACUGAAAGACUAUGAUGAGAAGCUCACACAAGAACUAGCAGCUAAGGCUUAUCAAGAGCAAGAGAAGCAGAGACUUGAGGUACAGUUCGCAUCUUUAUUCUUGGCUGGUACUGUGGAUAGAUAGUUAUAUAUGCCUUAAUUAAGCAAUAGAACAAUUUUUCCAUGUUUACAUAACCUCAUCUAAACACGAGGAGCG